ACUUAUCGGGUUAUUAUAAUUACCAGUUAAGUUCCGAUGACACAACAGUUUGCGCAGUCUAGCGAAACCGCGAGGAUGGGCGCUGAUAAUAUUAGUUGAACCCAAGUCGUCCUACUUACAAUAAGUACGUACUGAAACCGGGAUAGUGCAGUGUACCUACACUGAAAACAAUGAUACUAAGACAAGCGCCGAUCUGCAUCUUCGUUUUCGCCCUUCUACACCUAGCCGCCCCCGAAUUCGACUGCCAAGAAAACAAAAUCAUUUCUGGCAGUUGCACCACCGAACUAGCAUGCAUCUACGAAGAAAACCACCAAGAAAGAGAGGGUUAUUCAAGGUACUGCAGGUGCAAGACGGUGAUCAGCGACCUGCCCCUCCCCGACAACACCCUCACGUACAACAUGUUCCGAAACGUGUGCUCCCAGUACGAGUCACGGCUGCAGCAGCUGUGGAUCAACGACGCCGAGCUGGAGUACAUCGAUAACGACAUCUUGGCCCGGUACCCCAACCUCAAGUACCUCAAUCUAGCCGGGAAUAACCUCCUGCUCAACUUCUCGGAGAAGGCGUGGGCGCUCACGGAGCUCGACGUGAGCAACAACCGCCUCAACGUCAUCCACCCCGACGCUUUGAAGAAUCUCAAAUCCCUAAAGAUGGUCAACAUCUCGUUCAACAGGCUGGACCAAGUGAAAUUCUGUUUCAGCCAACUCCGAGAGCUGGAGGAGAUUUACUUGAACAACAACCAGUUGACGACGAUCUCGAAGGACGAGUUUGACCAUUUGGUUAAGCUGAGGGUGUUGAAUUUGGCGCACAAUCUCCUCACGACGAUCGAUUCGCACCUCUUCUUGAGAAACCUGCAAGAGCUCUACUUGAACAGCAACCAGCUGUUAAGUCUCAACAAGCAACAGCUCACUCGACUCCCGAACUUGAAGAUUCUGAAAAUUGGGGACAACUUGAUUUCGGAGCUGGGGAGUCGGUACGUUUUUGAUAAUCUAGAGGAGCUGCACUGCGAGAACAACCGAAUCAAAAACAUCGACAAGGACGCGAUGAACAAGCUAGGGGGUCUCAAGGUGCUGAAUAUCUCGAACAACAACGUGGAAAAUUUGGAAGCUAACACGUUUUCUUCGGCGAAUAAGUUGCAAGUGGUUGAUAUUAGCUCGAACAAGCUCACGGUGGUGGACCCCAACAACUUCCAGAACUUCAAGAACGUGUCGAUUUUGAAUUUCCACAACAACUCGCUGACGGAGAAGGUUAUCAACUGCGAUAAUGUACAGAAUUUGAAGGGAGUCAACGUGUUGUAUCUCUCGUUCAACAAGAUUUCGGAAAUCUAUAAUUGCACGUUUGCGAAGUUGGAGAACUUGACGAAGUUGUCGCUUCUGGCGAAUCAGUUGGAGAAAAUCCCUCCGUCGGCGUUUAACGCUUUGACCAAGCUCCAGGAGCUCAACCUGGCGGAAAACCAGAUCACCGAUAUUCCAGAGGGAACUUUCAACAAUUUGAAAGAACUGAGGAAUUUGAAUAUAUCGCACAAUAACCUGACGGCGUUUGAUUUAGAUAAGUUGAACAACAACGCCAAGAUCACGAAUUUUGACAUCAAACAUAACCAACUGAGGGAUUUGGAUUUGCCGCUUUUGAAAAAUAAGUUGCCUGCGUUGAAGACGGUGGACUUCGAUGUUAGUUUGAUUAAGUGUGAUAAAUAUGCCAAUGUUCUGGAUUAUUUUGAAGAGAAUAGUGUGGAUUUUGGGAGUUGUAGAAACAGAAUGGAAUGCUGUGUGAGCAGUAGUGUUAACGGAACGCUGAUAGGGAUUAUAGUAGCGUCCGUAAUUGUUUGUUUGCUUGCCGUAAUUGGACUAUUUGCCAUUAUUUGUAAGUAUUGUAAACCUGAUAGCAAUAAGUACAGCAUACAUUUGGUUCCGGUUCCCCAAAAAGCCCCUGAUGACUUAUAAUUAUAACAUUGUAACGGAUGCCACUAUAAAUGUGUUUAUGAUUAAGUGCAUUUGUGUUUACAUUAUUCAGUAAAUGAGGAUACAAGGUUACGAGAGUGAUAAAAUUCGCAUCCGGGUUUUUCUAAUAUAAAUAUGUUAUCCAGUUUCGUUUAUCACGUUACUGGCAAUCUGAAAAUUCGGUUUUAGACCAAAAUAUAACAAUUUCGAAUGAUCA